GGGGUGAAUAACAGAACGCAGUCUGCGUGGACGCGCACGCGCGUCUAAAGAAAACAAAACAAGCAUGAAGUUGGUGGCGUUGUUUUCGGGUAUCGCUGCGAUACGAACGUGACAUUUUCUAUCUUCCAUCCUGUUGACAACCUACGAACAAGGAUGAGCUGCCAAGAGGAGGUCCUCCGUCGCGCGGAGGAUGCCUCCGAGCGGGGGGUGAGCGAGCUGCUCUCUCUCCCCGACCUUGCACUGUACGAGAUCUGCGCCGCCCUCUCGUGCCCCUUCGACCUACUGAGCCUCGGCUGCACAUGCCGGCGUCUUCACGAGGUCUCCUCGAGUCGGAGCCUGUGGUUGUCCCUGUCCCUCAAGUGGUGCAGCCAGCUCUGGCACUGGCUGGACUUCAUCCCUUCUGAAGAGGAGCCCAAGGCCUGGCUGCUGCAGUUGUUGCACAACGACGGCAAUGUCAGACGCAAGACUAUGCUAAAGUGCCAGCCGGAUGUCGAUGAGACCUGGGAGCGAGUGGAGGACCCGCGAUUUGCCUGCCAGGCGGCCAUGUUGAGGCGAGCCUACACGGACAUGGACAUUCGCGUCUCCCCGCUGGUGCUCCACCGCCGCUGGCUCUACGACAUGGCACUCUACCGACGCCGCAAGCCGAAGGUGCGCUUCUGCGAUCCAGAGCUGUCACUGAGUGACCUCUGCGUGUCCGCACUCGCAUCCCUGGGCCGGGCCAGCGAGGGAGACCUUCGGAGGCGCAAGCAGCCCCACAUCAACCCCCGCUACUACAUCAAGAGGAUCGACGUGUCCCGCCAUGGCUGGACCGACCACCUGUUCCCUUCGGGCCCCCGGGGAAGCAUCUGCCCCAUGCUGACCUGCCCGUCCAUAGACGGCUACUCUGAGGAGACCUCCGGUGUGUACGGCCUGGUCGCCUGCGUGUCGCGCGUCCUGGUUGCGCACCUGAAGCCGUCCUGCCUGGAGGGAAAGAUGUCCCUGAGUGCACUGGCCCGGACCGUCCGCCGGGCGUGCGCUGCGCUCGAGCGGCGGUUUGCUGGCGAGCUGCCGAGGGUGAGGGAGCGAUGGCGUAGCCACCCGGUGGCCCACGCCAUUGUGAGCAUGGCGGAGCACGGCUGGCCCGACCUGAGUGCUUGGCAGGAGGACCUGGAUGGGCUGGGGCUGUCUUGGCGGGAGGUGAUGGCGGCCUGCAUCAAGCUGUUGGCAAGGUACCGCUGGCUGGACGCUGUAGUGGACGAGACAAGGCGGGCCUGGCGCGGGGCCCUCAUGCCGCAGGUGCUCGGGGUCGUGGGGAGGGACUGUGUGGCACGGCUCAACCUGACCGACUGCGACGUCAUCGGCGGCGACAACCAGAGGCAGGAGAUGGCGUCAGCCGCGUUCGUGUCUGCGUCUGGGGCGCUGGUCACCUGGCAACUCUUGGGCAGGGCCUGCUACUGAGCACGGCUGCGGGUCAGAGAGCGGUAUCACUCGGUUCUGAGAGAUCCAGGCACGAUUUGUGUCGGUGUUCCCUUUUUAUUCUUUCUGAAAAAAAGAUUUUUUUGUAGGAUCGUACUUUGCACGAGCUCAAGACUGAAGAUUAAACUGGGCGCAGCAGUGGAUAAUGCUGGUGCCUUGAUAUUACGACCCGCUGCGUCAAAGGGGAUAGCUGGCACGACGAGGUCGAUCAAAAGAGGGAUAGUUGAAGAGCCGGAAAACAAAAUUAGGACCGUUCUACCUCUAGGGACGAUGAUAACGAAACAGAUAAUUUGGUAUUUGUUGUUUUAGCGUUAAGAGAUGAGAUUGGCACCUAGAAAGCUGUUGUACAUGUGCCCGUUAUACAGCAGUGCCUUUGCUGAAGCUCGUAAUUUAGUGCGUUAUAGGAAUUUUACAGUGAUAUAUAGGUAGUAGCAGCUUUACAAAUGGGCUGUAGUAUGGUGUGUUUAAUUUCUUUCGAUGCAAAAAUAUUUAGUCGAGUUUCCCUUCAUUUGCAAUCGGAGUAAUGUAUGCUGCUCGAUAGAGGUGAGGUACAGAGCUAAAGCUUUUGAGCACAUACUACACGACAGUGCAAACAACAUCGACAUUGUUUUCUUUUCCGAAGUUGAUGCUUACGAGUCAGUUUAA